AUGCCAAAUCCCAUCAAGGACAUUACUCGCGUAGACACAACCUCAUUUCCCUACAUCUACGAAGAGAAUGUCACGAUCUCCUUGAAGGACAACGCCGGAUUGAUCCGGUGCAAUGUCUACCGACCCAAAGAUAUCGAGCGCUCCCCAGUUUUGGUUACCUAUGGGCCAUACGGGAAGGAUAUUCAUUACAAGGACUUCCACGCUAAGUCUUAUAGCGAGGUAAAUCCAGAGCAUCACUCCGACCAUUCGGCAUGGGAGACUCCGGAUCCUGGAUUCUGGACCAAGCAUGGCUAUGCCGUUGUUCGAGCCGACGAGCGUGGUCUAGGUCAGUCGCCCGGCGUUUUGGACACCAUGUCGCGGGGCACGAGCGAAGCCUUCGUCGAUGUAGUGGAAUGGGCCGCUGAGCAGUCCUGGUCCAGCGGUAAGGUUGGUCUCCUGGGUAUCAGCUACUACGCUGGCAGCCAGUGGCGUGUCGCUGCACGUCAGCCCAAGGGCCUAUCGUGCAUCAUUCCCUGGGAAGGGAUGUCCGAUUAUUACCGCGACCGAUGCCGUCAUGGCGGCAUUCUAUCCAACUCCUUUAUCAAGUUCUGGUGGAAUCGCCAGGUUAUCACCAAUCAAUAUGGCCGGCCUGGACGCGCUGCUCGCAACUGGGGUCCCGAUACCAUUGAGGGUGACCUGUCGGAGGAAGAAUUGUUAGCAAACCGCAACGACCAGACGAUAGACAACGCCAGCCACAAGUUCCGCGAUGAACCCUAUUAUGCCUCCAAAGAGUAUAACAUGGAGGACAUUAAGGUCCCGCUGCUCUCUGUGGCGAACUGGGGUGGUAUUCUCCUGCACCUACGUGGCAACGUGAUCGGCUAUAUGAAUGCAGGUUCAGAACACAAAUAUCUACGAUUUAUCACGGGACGCCAUGACUUGCCAUUUUACUACCACGAAGAAGUCGAACUGCAAAAAAGCUUUCUUGACGCUUUCCUUAAGGGAGAAGAUCGUGAGGGAUGGAGCACUGGCAAGGCACCCAAGGUGGACGUCUUGCUUCGGAAGGGAAAUGUGGGCUUUGACAACGCUGAGGCCGAAAGAGCCUAUACUCGGCGUACUGAGAACGAAUGGCCUAUCGCUCGCACGCAAUACACGAAAUUCUUCCUCACUCCAGAUCUCCACCUGCAGACGCAAGCACCCCAGUCCACUUUGCUCAAGGUUGAUUACCGCGCGUUAGGGACGUUGGAAAGUCCUCACCUUGUGCAAUUCAGCACCCCUGCUUUUGAACAAGAAACGGAAAUCACCGGCCAUAUCGUCGCUCAUUUAAAUGUAUCUGUCACCCCUGACAAGGGAGGUCCGCUCCCCUCCGAUAUUGAUCUCUUCGUGACACUGCGCUAUAUCUCCCCUACCGGUGAAGAGGUAUACUACACUGGUACCGCUGGAGACCCCGUCCCGUUGGCCAAAGGCUGGCUGCGCGUCAGUAUGCGCAAGGUGAACGAGAAGCAUCUGCGCCACCAGGAGUAUUUGCCCCAUCGUGAUUACUUCUCCACAGAUGUCUUGCCUGUUAUGCCCGGUGAGGUCUAUCCAGUAGAUGUAGAGAUCUGGCCGACCAACGUAGUAGUCGAAAAGGGUGGUAAGAUCGUCCUGGAGGUGGCGUCGGGCGAUACUCAGGGAUCGGGAAUUUUCCAACACAAUGACCCCAGCGAUCGCUCCCCGGAGAAACUGCAGGGAACCAACCACAUACAUUUCGGGCCGGCGUACGAGAACUAUGUGACUCUUCCUGUGAUUCCGGGCAAGUAA